AUGCGUCUGCCAUAUCUCUUGUCGCUCUUGGUCAUUUGUGCACGAGGAACUGCCGGACUAAACACCACUGGUGUCAACGGAGCCGACACUGCUGUUCUCACCUCUUCCUUUGUAGAUCCACGCGUGGAUGAGUCUGCGUUGGUUGCACCAAUACUUACGGAAGUUCACGACUCCGCUAUCGACAAGAGCAGCCCUGAAGACCAGAAAGGAGAGGACAGGGCGAUCUCUACGUCGGUUGUAUCGGAUGCAUUCAACUCGCUGUGGAAGGGCAUCCGGUAUGUAAUGCCAUCAAAUACAGCAGCUCUCGAGGUUAAGAUCACUAAGGGUAUGAAGGAUAAGGAGCUCCUCGUAAAUGGGAAGAUCGUCGAUAAGACGAAGUUUGUGGAACUGUUACGUGACGAGCUCCAACUCCAUCGUCGUUGGAGAUACGAUGAGGUGGUCGAUUUGUUGGUAAACACCAAGCACGUCGACCUCACCGAUCUGGUAGAAGCUUUUCACGCGCUUCGGUCUGAACCGGACAUGAUGUUCCAUGCUGACCGCAUGCAGAGGGUCAUCGCUAUUCGGUAUCCACAGGUGGUAUCGAGUACAAUGCAUCCUCUGUGGCUAGGAGCACAAUUGAGCCCAGAAACAGUUUACUGGAUGCUGCCUUCUGGUCUGAAAGUAAACUAUCGAAAGAAGUAUGGUGCGGUAAUUGGGGGCGCGCAUUUGUUUGAAGAUUUUGGUCCAAUCAAGGCUUACAUAGAAAAGUGUCGAGACAUACACGUUUAUACUGAGCACGACGAACAUCGUCUGCUGAGGUAUUUUUAUCGUCACUGCAUGGAACUUGGGGCCGCGGCGGGUACGAAACCAAGCACAGCGAAACUCAAACAUGGAGCAAGCGGAUGA